AUGAGGAGAGCAGGCGGCCUAGCGCGCGCCGGACAUGGCGCGGCGACGGCGGCGGGGCGGGCGACGAGGGUGAUGCGGGCCGCGGUGUCCGCGUUCUUCGCGGGCUACCACUGCUUCACCUCCGUGGCGGCGCUGCUGGCGCUGCCGUUCUCGGCGGCGGUGCUGGCGUCCGAGGCGAUGAUGGCGCCGUCGUCGGGGACCCUGCGCGCCGUGGCGGCGCGGCUCCGCGCCGUGUUCGCCGCCGCGGGGCUCCCGCCCUCCCCAUUCUUCGCGCUGCUCGAGGCCAAGCUGUCGCAGACCGUCUUCACGUUCGCCGCCACGCUGCCGUUCGCGCUAACCUUCCUGCUGCUCGCCAAGGCCUGCGUCGCCGCCAUGCUCCGGGACGACGACGACGGCGGGCGGCGGCGGCACCGCCGGAUCGCCGCGCUCCCGCCUUGCGGGGCCGUGGCGCGCGCGUACCCGGCGGUGGUGGCCACGCACCUGCUCAACGCGUUCCUCAUGCUCUCCGCCAACGCCGCGGUGUUCUCGCUGCUGCUGCUGGCGUUCGGCGCCGCCGACCUGCUGGGCCUCACCUCCCACGUCUGGACGCUCGCGCUGUCCGCGGCGGGCGCCAUCGUCUACUCGCUGGCCGUCGGCGUCGCCAGCGUGGUCUGCAACCUCGCCGUCGUGGUGGCAGCCACGGAGCCCGGGUGCGCGGGCCACGCCGCGGUGCUCAGGGCCUGCGUGGCAAUCAGGGGCCGGGUGUCCACGGCGCUGGCGCUGGCGCUGCCCACCAACCUCGGCAUGGCGGCGGCCGAGGCGCUGUUCGGCUCCGCGUCGUCGCGCAGCGACGGAGGGACAACAGGCUCGCGCCGGGCGUCGCCGGCGAGGCCUUCUCGAUCGCCUACAUCCACGCCAUCUGCGUCGUGCUGGAGAUCAUCGUCAGCUGCAUGUUCUACAGGAGCUGCAAGAGGAGUGAAGCCGACGAGCUCAGAGAACUCGAGCCAGAGGAGAAGGGAGACCUCCAGGCUUGAUCACCUCUCAGCUUCAGCUUCAGUCUGGUGCAUGCACAAGGGGGAAGAAACCCACACAAAUAGUAGUCAUAGUUUGUGUUUCGAUGAGAAGCAACAGGAUCAGAUCACAGGGUACAGAACUGAUCCAGAAAUAUAG